CGUCAGUCGAACGAGAGUAGUCUCCGCCGCUCUCUCGGUAUGAUUAUUCAUCCCUUCUUCGCCGCUCGUUCUGCGAUCGAUGGCUCUGCAAACUCUAAACCCGCCAUUGCGUUGGAGGCCAGAACCCUCGUUCCCGAUCAAUGACCGGACGAUCGUUGACCUUAUUCCGAGAAGAUGGGCCCUCCCUCAAACAACCAUCUCCGUAGGCGCUUGCGCCUCCUGUCAGAUCGCCACAGGAAAUGAUGGGUUUUGGGAUCCGCUUGUAGGUAGUGAGACAGCUUUGAGGAAGGUGGUGCCGAAGAGAGUCGAUCUCGCGACGUUGGGCAACCUUUGCGUGGACAUCGUGCUCGGUGUCCCGAGCUUGCCGCUUGCCCCUAAGAACGAGCGGCGGGCAUACAUGGAACGGCUCGCGGCUUCACCUCCUGAUAAGAAAUUUUGGGAAGCUGGAGGUAACUGCAACUUAGCCAUUGCUGCAUCAAGGCUAGGACUAUCAUGUUUUACCGUUGGUCAUGUGGGUGAUGAGAUUUAUGGGAAUUUUCUUCUUGAGGUGCUUGAAGAUGAGAACAUUAAUUUUCUAGGAAUGAGUAAAAAUGCUGAUCAGACUGCUAAUGUUGCAGACUACCAAACCCUUUUGUGCUGGGUCCUGGUUGAUCCAUUUCAAAAGCAUGGUUUCUGCAGCCGUGCUGAUUUCAGUGAGGAGCCUGCUUUUAUUUGGAUGACUGAGCUGACAGACGAAAUUAAGAUGGCUAUUCAGCAAUCUAAGAUAUUAUUCUGCAAUGGUUAUGCAUUUGAUGAAUUCUUCCCUGAUUUACUCAUCUCUGCACUUGAUUGUGCAAUUAGUGGUGGAACAUCAGUAUUUUUUGACCCUGGCCCACGUGUUAAAACUUUAUCAAAUGGAACCCCUCAAGAACAAAUGGCACUUCAGCAAUUUCUGAGGCAAAGUGAUGUUCUUCUUUUUACUUCGGACGAGGUUGAGACAUUGACGGGGAUCCACAACCCAAUUGAGGCAGGAAAGGCAUUGAUCAGAGAAGGUGUGCGAACAAAAUGGGUCAUUAUUAAGAUGGGUGCCAAAGGAUCCAUUUUGAUCGACCACUCCUCUGUAUCAUGUGCACCCUCAUUCAAGAUAAAUGUCGUUGAUACUGUGGGGUGCGGCGAUAGUUACUCUGCUGCCAUAGCUUUUGGGUUUAUUCAUGGCAUACCUGCGAUUAAUACAUUAACACUAGCAAAUGCAGUAGGCGCUGCCACUGCAACUGGUUGUGGAGCUGGUAGAAAUGUUGCUCAGUUGAGCAGGGUAUUAGAAUUACUCAACCAGUCAAUUCUCGACGAGGAUGAUAAAUUUUGGAAUGAACUAAUCGGUGGGAAUUCUUUGAACAAUGAAGUGUUGCUUCUAUCAAAAGUCUCUAUAAAUGGGCACAGCCAUUGCUUUAAUCGCAUUCAUAUUUCCAGUGUAGUAUCAAAACUUCUUACAAUAUUUGAAGCAGCAAAUGAAAGAGGCACGGUAUCAUCUUGAUUAGGAAUCUGUAUUUUAGCCUGCUGUUGUUUGUAUUUCUUAUUAAUUAUACAUUCAUCUACACAUGUUUGUGUCCUAAACCCAAAUGGUUUUGCCAUUGAAUUUUGAUAAUAAGCCCUCUCCCGUAAUAAAUGGAUGGGACAUUU